ACUCACUCACUCACUCACUCAUUCACUCACUCAUUCACUCACUCAUUACCUCCCUCUCUCCCUCACUCAACUGAGUACAUUUUCUCUCUCCUAAAAAAUAAAAAUGGGUUAUUUUAUGAUUAAGAAUAAGAAAAUUGCAGUAUUUUAUUACAGUUUGGCAAUUUUGAUGAUGGUGGAAGUGGUUAGGUCAUCAAAAUUCGAUGAACUGUUUGAACCCUCUUGGGCUUUUGACCAUUUCAUCCAUGAAGGAGAACUUCUCAAGCUAAGACUUGACAAUUCUUCUGGAGCUGGGUUUCAAUCAAAGAGCAAAUACAUGUACGGGAAGGUGACCGUUCAAAUCAAGCUGGUUGAGGGUGAUUCUGCUGGCACUGUUACUGCCUUCUAUAUGUCCUCUGAAGGUCCAACUCAUAACGAGUUUGAUUUCGAGUUUCUUGGAAACACGACAGGCGAACCAUACGUAGUUCAGACCAAUGUUUUUGUAAAUGGUCAGGGCAACAGAGAACAAAGGCUCAACCUUUGGUUUGAUCCUACUAAAGACUUUCACAAAUAUUCUUUACACUGGACUCCUCGCCAAGUUGUGUUCAUGGUGGACGAGACGCCCAUACGUGAGCACACAAAUUUGGAGCAUAGAGGCAUUCCCUAUCCUAAGGACCAAGCAAUGGGAGUAUACAGCUCAAUAUGGAAUGCAGAUGAUUGGGCUACACAAGGUGGGAGGGUUAAGACUGACUGGACUCAUGCUCCUUUUAUUGCUUCUUAUCAAGGCUUUGAGAUUGAUUCCUGUGAGUGCCCCGUCCCAACUUCCCUGUCCGAAAACAUCAGGAGGUGUAGCAGUGGUGGUCAGAGGAAAUACUGGUGGGACGAGCCUACCAUGUCCCAGCUUAGCAUCCACCAGAACCACCAGCUCAGGUGGGUUCGGGCUAAUCACUUGAUUUAUGAUUACUGUACUGACACUGCCCGCUUCCCUACUACCCCUGCUGAAUGUGUUCACCAUCGCCACCACUUCAGCCACACCUAGUGGUUGUCGAUGACUAGAUGAUGAUUUGGGUCUGCUAGAUCAUAAGGACUUGAUCAAUCACUUUCUGUAAAAAAGAAGGCCAAGUAAAACAAGAAACAUAAAAACAUCAAAAUGCCUUCAUUGUUUAAUAAUCAUGUAUAAAAUGGUUUUUAUUUGCUUUAA